UAUUGGAGCGCCACCAAGUGGUAAAAUUUGACCAGGGUUGAAAAUGGCUGCCUCCACGGAUUACAUGGAUUAGAAAUGAACUAGUAGUACAAAGUAACAAUGGAAAAGGACAUAAAUGACGGUGAAGAGGGCCAACAGUCUUGGUGGAGGCGACAGCAGAAGCAGUUCCGUGAGGAGGUUGACGAUUUCAGCUUGGAGGAUUGCGCGGGUUGCAGGUUCAUUGGUGGAGGCGGCAUGAUAGGGGCUGGACUUUAUGUCGCUUACGUGGGCUACAAUCGGGCCAGCAAGUUGGGCAGAAGAUGGGGCUUCAUCCCGUCCACCUUGGCUGGAUCAGCCAUGAUGGUUCUUGGGUUAACGAGACUCUCGGGCCGUAAUCCCUUCUCAUCAAGUGGCAAUUCCGUCGGAAUCGAUGCCUUGGAACCCAUCAAGGAAAUGAUCUCCAAGAGCCAAGCCCGAUCUGAACUGUGGAGGAAACUGCAGGAUCAGAAGCAGAUAGAAAAGCCAGAACACAUGCAGGAAAAGCAGCGAGGGGUAGAACAGAUUGGACAGCAGGAGAAGUCAGAUAGUACGCAGCAAGACAAAGACUCAAGUGCUCCCGUGGGCAAAGCAGAGCCAAGUUGAUACCCAUCCACAGCUGUCUCGGUGUAACGAAAUAAAAUGUGUUGCUGACGAUGGUGAAACAUUGUGCAUUUCUUCUAUGGAGGACGAAAAGUGGACAUCUGCUUUUAGCUGCUUUUCUGCUUUCAGAAAAGCAGAUUGACUGUUUUUGAAGGAUCAAUUUUUACGUUAUUGGACUCACCCAUGUUCAUGAAGUUCACGAUGUUUCAAAUCAACAGGAAUGUUGCAGAUAAAGUGCUUGGUUUUGAUUGGGGGGGGGGGUUUGGGGUAAAAUGACGAUUCAGAUGGCAAACCCAUCACGAAAAUAUAAAUAGCCAUCACCAUGAUUCGCAUGGCUUCACCCGAAAUAUGCACAAGAAAUUGCACUUUAUAUCAAAAGAUACUGUCAAAUUAGCCUUAUACCAAGUUGCUUUUCUAAAAAGUGAUCAGAAAAAGCAAAUGUCAGGCCAAAAAUAAUUUGAAAUUCAUACAGUAUACAUUUAUGGUGGAGUCCCCUAGCGUCGUGCGCUUUGACGUUUCACACAAUUUCCUCAUGCAGUGUCAACCCCUUUGUUAACAAGCUUCAAAUCCUUCAAGUUAAAAACUGGUACUUUUACCUUAGUAAUGUUUGCUGUUGAACCCUUGUGAACAACUUGAGUGUCGUGAAAUUUUGUCCGAAAGUAAAAACAGUGGCGUCCGGAAUGUGGGCGCAAUAUCAGCCGAGUGCUCCCUAAUGUGGCGCACCAGAACAAAUCUCAGAAAUUACAUAGUGAAAAGAGCAUUUGUGGCGCAUUUUAAAAGGGUUCACUGCGCACUUCAAAAUAAAUUCAGAAAAUCGCUCCAUAUUAAAAAUUUUCUAUAAAAUUUGUAAUUGGUAGGCAAGCUCAAGGUUUAUGAACAGGAAUGUUUAGAGCUAAGGGACAUCAAGAAUAUAUUCCAUAACUAAACAUGGGCAGAUUUUGUAGGGGAUGUCACAUUUAAAAGUGGAUAACCUUUGAAUUGCUAGAAAAAUAGCAAUUUAAAAUCAAAUUCUAUAUUUUGGUGUGAUGCUCGAAAAUAGCACAGGGAGAGAAACAAGCAUUUGUUUCUUUGUGUCUUGCUCAUUCUCUUCGAGUAAGAAGAUACAUGGAAUUGUAUACAGACACGAGUCUGUAAAAAGGA